ACUCCUGAAGUGACUUUAUCUCUGCCUUAGAUCGCCUGCGGGACACUCUGAUCCACGAACUCUGCCACGCAGCGACAUGGCUGAUCCAUGGGGUUCGGGAUGGGCACGGCCGCUUUUGGAACUUGUAUGCCAAGAAGGCUGCCAUGGUUCACCCGGAGCUCCCUGUGGUGUCACGGUGCCACGACUACGAGAUCAAGUACAAGUUUACCUAUGAGUGCGUUUGGUGCCGGAAGACGAUCAUCGGGCGCCACUCCAAGUCCUUGGACACACAACACUUUGUCUGCGCUCUUUGCCAGGGUCAGCUGGUGCUGCGCCAGCCCAUGCAGAAGGAUGGCACAUCGGCUGAGAGGCCUCUGACUCCAUUUGCAAAGUACGUGAAAGAGAACUACAGCUCUGUGAAGCGUUUGCAGCCGAGCCUCAGCCACGGAGCCGUCAUGAAGAAACUUGGCGCAGGCUUUGCCUCCCAGGAGCGUGGGCUCAGCGCUUGAUCCCUUGCAGGAAAUGAGGCGGCUGCUUCGGGAGAGCGGAGGCUGCAGGUGAUGCUCUCCUUCCCAGGAAGAGAGGGAGAAGGGCCUGGAAAGGGCUGCCUGGGAAAGGCCAGGCUCCUCUGCAGCCCAGCCACACCUAGCUCACCUCGGGCCUUGUGUGUGUUUAAACGUAAUCCUUAGGGCUCUGAGCUCAGUUUCCCACCGGGCAUUGAAUCAGGUGGGCAGCGCAUGAAUAAAGAGAAGUGAACCACC